AUGGACGCCUCGGCUGCCAAGGCGAUUCUAACGUCCGAUAACUUCGCCCAUGCCUCAGAGAUCUCACGGGCCACUUCACCCGGUGGUGAGCCCGCUGCGAUGAACGGUGGAGGAGAGCCCAAAGCCCGAGUUCGGCCGCGGACUUAUCCCUAUUUCAAGUACCUUCCAUACCAACUAGAGGAUGAAUCGGAGCGCGAUCGCACUCUUCAUGAAAUCUUGAAUCACCUAUACAUCGCAGUCGAGGCUGGAGACUUUAGCCCUGGAGCUGUUCACUGGACACGCGAGCUUCGAGGAUGGCUAUCUCUGAAGUUCGAUCCGACUCGACAAGAGCGGAUUAAUCUGGUGAAGCUGUACUACGAGCUUUCUUUAGCUCCUGGCAUUGAUCCCAGCACCUCUGAGCGAUUCGCGAGCAUGUUCAUGCUUCUUACUAAGCGUAAGCAUUAUUUGAAACCAGUUAAAGAUUUGGUUUUGGAUUGGAGGCCUUUGUACAAGGAAUUGAAGGCCUUUGUUCUGCCGACCGAGUCCGGCCUGGUCCACUCGACCAAUUUGAAGCGAAACGUGAAGACGUUGACGAAAUUGUGCGCCUUCGCUCAGCUGUUUAUUGAUCCCUGCGAACUACCUGCCAUGUUGGAGGAGUUUUUGCCACACUACACAACUUCGUUUUCAGAAGGCGCCUUCGUUGUCGCUGGUCUAAUCAAUCUGCUGCUUCCUACAUCGCCCCCUCCCGCCGAGAGAGACGAUCUCCUUCCCCAGAGUCAUUUACCGACCCAAUUUCAUCUCUGGUCCCUCGUAGGUCGCUCCAAAACCUUUGACACAACAUACCUCGAUUAUCUUUCCCGACUUGCCCGAGACUCGCUGCCAGCCGGCCAUAUCCCAUUCUCCGAACAUGGUAUUUUCGCGAAGGAGCAGUCUUCUCUCAUAUUUACCGCCAUCCUGAGAUUGUUAGAGAUCCCGGUAGGGCAAUCCACUUCGCCGUACAGUGCUCUCGUGGACAUCUCUUCUGGCCUUGGGAUCAUGCUCGACCGCGAUACGCGUAAGCAUCCAGUUGCCCACCACAUUGCGCGUUGGAUCGUAAUGUCUCUUUCUCCGGCCUGUCUGGAGUCUGAAGAUUCGAUUCUUUCACAGCUCGAGGGUCUCAUCCAAGCCGUUGAGACAUUCUUCCACCCUUCAAAUUCGGGUAGUUGGACCAAGACUUUGUCGCAGCUUGUUUACUAUCUGACAGAUUUCUUCGUGAUGCGUUGGAAUCGUGAGCAAAGUGGUGAAAUGGACGUUCCCCCGGAGCGACGACUGAAUGAGCCACUGAAGCGUCGCUUUGUGCUGUGCCUGAGGGAUGUCAUUUUCAUGGGAAUUUACGCCAAAAGCAGCACUGCCAUGACCUUUUCUUUGUCUACCCUCCAAGGCCUCGCUUACUUGGAACCGCAUCUCAUUCUUCCGAGAAUCUACCCAUCUCUGCAGGGGUUGGUUGAGGUGCAUCGGACGACAUCUUCUCUUCGCGCCAUGCAGGUACUGUCGCGCGUUAUCACUCGAACCAAAGGCUAUCGCUGCCACAUGACCACUCUUCUUGGCCUUGCGCUUCCUGGUAUCGAUGCAAACGACCUUGAGAAGUCUCUCCAUGCUCUUUCAUUCAUACAAUCCGCUUGUUAUAAUAUUCCCAUGGUCGACAUGACUCAGGGAAGAGAGGAUAUAAAUUGCAACAUACUUGCGCUCCAGUGGAUUACCGGUGAAAUGGAGAGAAUGGAAGAGCAAGGAGCCGCGGUACAGUUGAAUUACGAGACUGAGCUGGAUGACGAGACAGAAGAAAUGAUUCUGCGCUCCUCGACAUGCGGUUUUGGAGAUUUUACUCUCUCAUUCUUAGGUCGUGUCUUUACCCUAUUGGAGAACCUACCUGAUGUCACUCGUGUGCGCAACGGCUCCCCGGAAGAGAACAUCGUCAACACCCUCCCUGCGACCUUUAUGCCGCUUCUUGCUUCGCUGUCCCCUGAAUACUACGACAUUGCGUUGUCCAAGAUUGUCGAUUUCGUCUCAAAUCACGUCAUUCAUCAAGCUCGAGACGCAAUGGCUUUCAUUUGCAAUGCCUUGUGCAAGGUCAACCCUAAGAAAGCUCUCAAGCGGUUCAUUCCGGUUCUCACCCAAGCUAUUCGCACCGAGAUUGAGGAGAACGGUGCUGGCUCUACCAGAACUACAGGCACCGAUGUCUUGCCGCGAGAUCGCGGACUGGUUUGGAACGUGAGCAUGUUGAGCAUGUGCGUGGUGCAUGUCGGCGAUGCGGUUCUCGCUCAUCGUCAAGAACUGUUUGAUAUCGCGGUGUACAUGCAACAGAAGUGUCGCGGCAUUCCCACUGUUCACAUCUCCAACUUCAUCCAUCACCUCUUGCUCAACUUGACCGGUACAUACACCAGUGAUUACUCGCUCUAUGAGAAGCAGGAUGUCGAAGGGGGCAUCCAACCCGAACACUGGAGUUACACACCUGAUGUGAGCAACCUCCACAUCAAGUGGCAUGUGCCCAAGCGAGAAGAACUGGAGUUCGCUGUGGCUGUCUUCAAGAACCAAGCAGAGGGAGCUCUGAAGCAUCUAUCUGGGUUGACCCACGAAACAUCUAGCAUCAAACGAGAUGGAAGUGGUAAAGAUUGGUCCGAUGAAGUCACGCGGAACCUUGUACUCCUGCGACUACUUCUUUCCGGUAUCUCCGUGCUGUUUGAUCCCAAGGCCGCCUCGCAAAAUUCCACUGAAGUUUCAAACGGUGCAUCGGCUGCAUCAAACGAGGUUGAGAUGGUUGAUGAGUCGACUCUCUCUAAUGGUAUAGGCGAUGACGAAUCGGCUCUUGACAGCUCAGACGAAGGAGCAAUCAGAGAAAGCUACUCUUAUCCUACUGGCUAUCCACUUGAAGAGGGCGAUAUCCUGUUCAAGGAAAUCCACGAGAUUCGUGAGCGGGCAGGCUGGGUCUUGCAUGAAACCCACCGGUUCUUGACUGAUCACCAAGAGGACGAUGUGCCAUGCUUCGGAGCACUGUACUCGGCUUUCCGAUCUUACUUCGUUGAUGUUGGUAUCGAAAGGUCUGCUCAUGUUCUGGAUCGCGUUACACGCCUCUUGGCAGCAGACAUCCACCCCUACAAGAUGAGCGGCAUUCGAAAAGACUAUCCGAGAGCGCUGCUUGUACGUCGGGCUAAUGUCUACCAUCUGCAACGUUUGCGACACAAUGCAGCACCACGACCUCGGUCCAAACUUGAUGAGAUCCUUCUCUACGAUCUUGCCGAGUCCUGCGUCUCUCUGUAUACCGAGACACGUCGCAAUGCCCAAAAUGCUGGUGAAUCUGCACUGAAGUCUGUUUGGGGUGCUCGAACGCUCAUCAUUCCCCCUCUCCUGAAGGCCUUACAAAAGGGUGUGAAAGAGAACGAUCAUGCACGAAUCAAGGGAGCCUUGUUCUCUUUGCUUCUUAGCAGCGUAGCGAGAACCGUGGGACGGAAUUGGAAGUACACACCAACUCUGAUUCGAACUUUUAUCGACGCUAGUGCCGUGGAUAGACCGUCCGUGCAGAAGAUUUGCUCUAGCGCCGUCUUCCAAAUCAUGGACUACGGUCGCGCUAUGGAACGCAUGGUGAUUUUAGACCGUGAGAUCGUGGAAGCGAUCGCACCCAGUCAAGACGUUAGUGACCAGAUCGAGCUGAAGCGCAAGGCGAUCAACACCAAGCGUGCGACAAUUGAGAAGAAGAAGACUGAUCUAGCGGAAGAGCUGGUGAAUCUGGCGCGAGUCUCGCAUUGGAAGAUCGCCAGCCGAGCCGCUACCAUCGUCAUCACCAUGGGUCUUCGCUUCGACUACAUUGCUAGUGAGAACUUGAUUGAACUUGUAACCUCUGGGUCGAUUGAUGAUCAUCCCGGCUUGCGCGGUAUGUACUCCCAGGCUCUCAUUGCGCUGUUUACUAUGAUCGAUGUCCGAGCCAUCUGUGGUCACGAAUAUAAGAACUACAUUCUGGGCCACCAGCGCUUCCCUUCGAAGAUAAAGGUGGCCACCCGGCCGUACGAGAAAGAUUGGACGCAGGAGUACUUGCGCAGCUUCGCCCAGCCUGAGGCCGAAUACUAUGUCGAUCAUGAUUUCCCUGGCUGGCUAGUAUGGGGCAAGACCAUGCCUGCGUACAAAUCCAAUGUGGACCGAGACAUCGAGUAUGACGAGAUGGAGUGGAAUGUUCGUACGCAGAUGGGCAAAUUGUUCACUCGGGAGUGGUUCUCUACAUUCUUCAAGUACCUGAAGCAGGAGCCGAGGGAUCCUUCCGCGGAUAAGUUCCGCAUGUCCUGUGCCAUGAUGCUUCUCUAUGCCUUCGAACUCAUGCUCCGGGAUGGUUUGACUGUUGCCACUUUCAAGGAUAUCCAGGAAGAGAUUCAGAGCGUUUACGAGGAUGGUAGUGAUAAACACCAGCAUCGUGCUACAGCAGAAAUUCUUGGUGCACUGAUCAGCUCUGUAACCGAUACAAGUGUCGAAAGACGAGCGCUGGUCUGGGAGUAUGCAUUCCCCAUCAUCAGGAAGGUCUUCACUGAUGGUCUCACUCCUGAAAAUUCGGGAUACUGGACUACUUUCCUACACAUGAUUCUGCAGUGUCGCGAUCCUCGCCGAGCCUGGCCUUUGGUCGACUGGCUCGCCAGCUUCCGCUUGGACAUGUCUACCAAUGCAGCUUUUAAGGAGAGCUCCAAGAUCAACCUUUUGCAUCAGUGCAUUAUUGAUGCCGGUUGGCAUUUCCAACUCGAGAAGCCGAUUGUAAAGGACUUCCUCGCACAUCUGGACCAUCCUUACAAGGGAGUGCGUGAAGCCAUGGGUCAAACCCUUGCAACAAUCUACCGCACACGCUACCACGAGUCUUAUCCCGAUAUCCAACACCUAUUGGAGGCCCAAAAGGCUUCUUCAUCUGUCGGUGCCUAUCCCUACCAGCCUUCCGCCGAGUUCUCGGAAAUGGUGCGCGGGGUCUUCGCCCAGAUCGAACAGUGGCGGCAGGCUCGAGUCCCAGGCCAGCAGACUCCGUCGCCUUAUACUCAAGGGAGUAAAACUGUCCUUCUUUGGUUGGACUCGACCUUGUCCUCUCACGAGUGCACUCAACUCGUUCCCUUCUUCCCCGACGUUUUCACUGCACAGCUUUUGCACAUGAUGGACGUCAAGGAAGAUCCAGAGCUACAGUCGCUCGCAUAUCAUGUUUUCCGUCAUCUUCCCAACAUCCCCUAUCCCGCCGAGAAGAACUCUGAAUUCAUCCAGUCCCUUAUUCGUAUUGGACAAACAUCGCCGUCAUGGCAUCAACGACUGCGCGUGAUGAUCAACAUUCAAAUCAUUUACUUCCGCAGACUCUUCCUUUUGGAGCCCGCCGACCGUGACAAACUCUUUGAAUGCAUUGCCGCCAUGCUCGAGGACUCACAGCACGAGGUCCGCGUCGGAGCAUCAGCCACCCUUUCCGGCAUGGUCCGCUGCUCGCCCAUUCUCCUCCGCGAGAAGAUGGUCAAGCGCUUCCAAGAGCGCUUCACCAAGACAACCCCCUUCCUAAGAAACCCAAAAACUUCCGAGGGGGGGCUCUCUUCCGCCGUGUCAUCCGGUACUGGUACCCCGACACCUGAGCACAACCGACUGAUCAUCGCUCGUCAUGGUGCUGUGCUUGGCCUUGGAGCGCUUAUCCAAGCUUUCCCUUACAACAGUCCUCCGCCUCAGUGGAUGCCCGAUGCAUUGACUACACUGAGCACCCGCGCCGCAAAUGAUCCCGGGGUGGUAGGAUCGAGCGUCAAGUCUAUUAUUAGCGAGUUCAAGAAGACAAGACAGGAUACCUGGCAUAUAGAUGCGAAGGCUUUCACACCGGAUCAGCUGGAGGAUCUGUCUGGAGUACUUUGGAAGAGCUACUUUGCUUAG